CUGCGGCUGACUGAACUCCCAAGCUCCCACCCUCGUCACGAUCAAGCCCUAUUUUGACAUUUGGAGCAACCAUUGACUCUUCGGUGGUGCCAUGAUAGCUAGAGUAUUUAUCUAUACCCGGUGAAAUAUGUCAUCCUGCUCUUUUCCUUCCGUGACAUCAUCCUGAAGCCUGUCCGAUUCCGCGUCCUAUCCGACCUCCGAAAUGCGCGGGGCCAGGUCGAUUGCGUCCUGGACUCCGGGGUUUACUGCAAGACAGGUCGCUCAGCCGAAGCAAAGCAUCCUAGGGAAUUUAUGCUCCGUUUCUUAUAGGCCUGUCAAUCCUGCUGUUCAGAAUGGCCUAAUCAGAUUGUACUCGGGAGCUUCCGGGCCAGCCCGCAACGGCCACAACUCUCUACGUCCGUCUUUUGGAUUCGCACCGUCGAUUUACAACAAUGGUAUAAAACACGCUGGUCCUUCCUCUCGUAUUGCCGAUCAGGUACGACACCUGUUCUCGACACGGCACUGGUUGCAAGCGAAACCGACAUCCCCGACGAAACCGGAAGCAAACGGCACUUCUACACAUGACAAGGAUAAUGAGGAUGUUGAAAAGGGUUUCGAAUUGUCAGAGAAGGCGGCCCAGGCGGCCCAGGUCAAUUUAAGCGCGAAGCUGGCUAAGGAUGGUGCUAGUGGAAAGAAGUCCGGUUUCCGCGAAAUCUGGAGGCUUCUGAUGAUCGCACGUCCUGAGGGUAGGAAGCUUAUUUUUGCCUUCAUGUUCCUCCUGGUUUCUUCGUCGAUCACCAUGUCUAUUCCGUUCUCCAUUGGGAAAAUUAUGGAUACAGCGACGAAGUCCAAGGAAGAGGGAGGCAACGAGCUGUUUGGCUUGAGCCUUCCGAUGUUUUAUGGCGCGCUAGCUUGUAUUCUUGCCUGCGGUGCUGCUGCAAAUUACGGUCGUAUCAUUAUCCUACGUAUUGUCGGUGAGCGCAUCGUUGCCAGACUCCGCUCGAAGCUCUUCCGUCAGACCUUUGUGCAAGAUGCAGAGUUUUUUGAUGCGAAUCGCGUUGGUGAUUUGAUCUCCCGCCUGAGCUCUGACACUAUUAUUGUUGGAAAGAGUAUCACGCAAAAUCUGUCGGAUGGAUUGCGGGCUGCUGUUAGCGGUGCUGCUGGGUUUGGAUUGAUGGCAUACACUAGUCUCAAGCUCUCCAGCAUUUUGGCUCUGUUGCUUCCCCCAAUUGGACUUGGCGCUUUCUUCUAUGGUCGAGCGAUCAGGAACCUCAGUCGUCAGAUCCAGAGGAACUUGGGUAGUCUGACCAAGAUCGCAGAAGAACGCCUAGGAAAUGUCAAGACCAGCCAGUCGUUCGCUGGAGAGAUUCUCGAGGUUAACCGUUACAACAAACAAGUUCGAAAAAUCUUUGAGCUUGGAAAAAAGGAAUCUUUGAUUAGCGCCACAUUCUUUAGUUCUACUGGACUCAUGGGAAAUAUGACAAUAUUGGCACUACUUUACGUCGGAGGAGGCAUGGUCCAAUCUGGCGGUAUCAGUAUUGGCGAACUGACCUCCUUCCUGAUGUACACGGCCUAUGCUGGCUCUAGCAUGUUUGGCCUGUCCAGCUUCUAUUCAGAACUCAUGAAAGGUGUUGGUGCAGCUAGUCGACUUUUCGAACUGCAAGACCGUCAACCGACAAUACCACCGACCAAGGGCAGGAAUGUCGAAUCUGCACGUGGGCCUAUCCGCUUCGAGAAUGUCUCUUUCAGCUAUCCGACAAGACCGGCUGUCAACAUCUUCAAGGGUCUUCAUUUCGAGAUCCCCCAGGGAACCAACGUUGCUAUCGUUGGACCUUCGGGAGGAGGAAAGUCGACAAUUGCUUCCAUUCUUCUUCGUUUUUACACUCCAACUGAGGGUAAGGUCCUCAUUAAUGGAAAGGACAUCUGCGAAAUGAACGCCAAAUCUCUCCGCAGGAAGAUUGGUGUCGUAUCGCAGGAGCCUGUUCUCUUCUCAGGCUCGAUUGCCGAGAACAUCUCUUACGGGAGACCGCAUGCGACAAGAUCGGAAAUUGUUGCGGCAGCCCGGAAGGCAAACUGCCAAUUCAUCAGUGAUUUCCCCGAUGGCCUUGACACUCAAGUUGGCGCAAGAGGCGCCCAACUUUCUGGUGGUCAGAAGCAGCGUAUUGCCAUCGCCCGUGCAUUGAUUAAGGAUCCGGAUAUUCUGAUCCUCGACGAAGCCACAUCCGCUCUUGACGCGGAGUCAGAGACUCUUGUGAACAGCGCACUCGCAGCUCUUCUCCGCGGCAACAACACGACGAUCAGCAUCGCCCACCGACUCUCCACCAUCAAACGCUCAGACACCAUCAUCGUCCUGAGCCCCGAUGGAACUGUGGCCGAACAGGGAAGCUACGAGGAGCUCAGCUCUCAUCCUGGCGGGGCUUUCACAAAACUGAUGGAGUGGCAAAUGAGCGGUGGCGAUGCGUCGCAGCCUCCUAAGACAGCUUCCGUCAGUCCUGAGACAGAAGAGAAGCUCUCGGAACUUGACCGUGAAGAGUCUGAGAAACAGCACACGGAGUAACCAACAUGCUCUCAAAGCGCAUUGCGCAUUAAUUUGCAUUUGCUUAUCAUUUCUGCAUCUUGGCUUCGCAGAAAUAAUCUAUUGACACCCGAGGGCUAAUAUGCUCACUACAUAGUCACAACUUGGUGUAUGCUUGAAAAGCUCUCUUCUGUUAUUUGGAUUUCUUUAUGAGCACAUAUAGAGGUUCGAUAUUAUUCAGCUGGUUCUAGCACUCUCUUUUCUCGAUUUCAUGUAAUUUAACUUCAUAUUGUUUUUCUCUCUAAUGGGUCAUUUUGGAAGUCCAACUUGUGCUAACAGAGUGCGACAAACCGUACAGAAGCCGGUCUGGCUAUACUGAAAAUAUUCAUAGCUAUACUCACAUUACAACAAUAUAAAGUCAAUCCAAAUUCAAUAUCCUCGA